CCCCCGCAGCUGAAGGAGUUCCAGCAGAAGAACAGCCCCGGGCCCGGGGCCGCGGCCAAGAAGAAGCGCAAGAACAAGGAGGGCAACCGGCCCGACACGCCGACCGGCGCCGACGACAGGGACAGGCCGUCGCCCGAGAACAUUCAGAACAUACUGAAGGUGCUGGUGUCAGACCUUAAUCGAUCCAAUGGGGUAGCCAUACCCUCAUUGGACAAGAGGAAGGCAUACUUUGACAGUGAUGUUACCGCUCAUAAUGCUGAACAGCUGGCUGCCGAUGUCCCUGUGUUAUCUAACAGCAACAGUCUUCCUAGCUGUGGCUCUGUCACACCUGCUUCCAGUAGCAUGCCAUUGUCACAGAUGCAUGAUGCUGAUGGUCAUAAAAAUGCCUUGGAUGAAAACAGGUCCCUGUCUUCAACAGAGAGUCUUCGCCAGCUGUCUGAGCAGCUCAAUGGCUUGGUCUCUCAGUCCACAUCCUAUGUGAAUGGGGAAAGUGGUGUUUCUUCCACAAAUAUAAAGGAAAUGGAAACACGUUACCAGGAGCUGGCAGUAGCCCUAGAUUCCAGCAAUCUAACUAACAAACAGCUCAUUACAAAGAUAGAGGAAUUGAAACAGCAGAAUCAAGAGGCUGUGAAUCAGUUGGAGAAGGAGAAGAAAGAGUUUGAACAGAAGUUUGUCAAAGAGCAAGCAGCACUGAGGGAACAGCUACAGGUUCAUAUUCAGACUAUUGGCAUCCUAGUUUCUGAGAAAUCAGAAUUACAGACAGCACUAGGACAUACGCAACAAGCUGCCCGGCAGAAAACAGGAGAAGCUGAAGACCUUGCUACUCGGUUGCAGUCAUCUCGCCAGAGGGUAUCAGAGCUGGAACGCACCCUGUCUUCCAUUUCUACACAGCAGAAGCAGUCAGAAAAACAUAAUAAAGAGCUAGUGAAGGAACGAGACAACCUGAAAUUGGAACUGUACAAGCACAGCAAAGGCAGUGAGGAACUGAAGCAGCAGAACUCUGAGCUUUUGGAGAAGCUGCGCUCCCUGGUUUCUGAAAAUUCAGCCAUGAAACUGGAUGCGGAAGAUUUGCAUAAGAAACUGGAAAUGGCUGAACUGAUGAUUCAACAGUUUACAAAUCAGUCGGGGAAUCUGGAUGCAAACCAGCAGCUGCAACUGGCAUUGGAAGAACGGGCAAACCUAGAAACACAGGUCACUCAGCUGUCAGAGUCGCUUCACCAGCUCCAGGCGGAAAGAGAUCAGUAUGUGGAGAAGUUGAAGGAGGAGGGCAGUAUCUGGCAGCAGCGGUUACAGCAGCUGUCUGAGCAGGUCCGAACACUGACAGAGGAAAAGGAGAAGAAUGUGAUGCAGAUUCAGGAGCUUGAAGACAGUAUUGCUCAGCUUCUCAGCAAAGCAGCAGUGAAAUCCAAGGAUAGUGAGCCUGCCCCACUGGCCGGACCCACAGAAGCUGAGCUGAGUCUGCAGGAGGAGGUCCAGAGAUUGCAGAAAGAAAAGGGGGAGCUUCAUGGACAGUACCAGGUUCAAGUUCGGGAUAAUGAGCAGCUGAGCCGUCUCAACCGGGAGCAGGAGGAGCAACUGCUAGAGCUUGAGAAGACGGUGCAGCGUUACAGCGACGAGUCUGUGGACAGACAACAGAUCCUGGAGAACAUGCAGAGCGACAAGGCCACCAUCAGCCGAGCUCUGAGCCAAAACCGGGAGCUGAAGGAGCAGCUGGCUGAGCUGCAGAAUGGGUUUGUCAAGCUGACAAAUGAGAACAUGGAGGUGACGAGUGCCCUGCAGUCUGAGCAGCAUGUAAAAAAGGAGCUGGCCAAGAAGAUUGGGCAGCUGCAGGAAAAACUGGCUGAGGUCAAGGAGACGGUGGAGCUGAAAACCCAGGAGGCUCAGGGCCUGCAGGAGCAGCGGGAUCAGUACUACAGUCACUUGCAGCAAUACACUGUGGCAUACCAGCAUCUGGCUGCUGAGAAGGAGGAGUUACACAAGCAGUUUUUGCUUCAAACACAGCUCAUGGACCGGUUGCAGCAUGAGGAAGUUCAGGGCAAAGUGACAGUGGAGAUGCACCUUAAGGAGCUACAGCAGACCAAGGAUAGUCUGGCUGCUGUAGCCAAAGAAAACAAAGAGCUGCAGGCUCAAGUCAGUCAGUUAGCAGCAGAGCUGGAUGGCAAAAUGUUGCUUCGAGUGGAAGGAGAUGGGGUGGAGAGUGAAGAGACUGUGGAAGAAACUCAGAAAACUUCACUUGUGAUCCCAGAGAAUUUUGAAAGCCAUGAAGAAAUGGUCGCUUUCUUGAUGUCCACUAUGUCCCAAGUGGAGAAAGAGCGAGAAGAACUGAGACACCAGCUGAGUGUACAGAAACAACAAUGCCGAGGCCUCCUGCAGCAAAUAGUAGUUCUUAGGCAGGAACAGCAACAUACUGCUACAUUGGGUGGAGGUUCCACUACAGAUGUUGUCCCAGUGGAGGUUCAUGAGGCCUUAAAAUCUGCCAUGGAGAAACUACAGUCCCGUUUUACAGAUGUGAUGCAUGAGAAGGCUGACCUGAAGGAGCGGUUGGAGGAGCUGGAGCAUCGCUGUAUACAGCUCUCUGGGGAAACAGACACCAUUGGGGAAUAUAUUGCAUUGUACCAGAGUCAGAGGGCUAUCCUCAAACAGCGGCAUCGGGAGAAGGAGGAGUACAUCAGCCGACUGGCCCAGGAUAAGGAAGAGAUGAAGAAUAAGUUAUUGGAGCUCCAGGAGUUGGUGAUGCGUCUGGUUGGAGAAAGAAAUGAAUGGUACAGCAAGUACAUGGCAGCUGCUCAGAACCCAGACCUGCUGGCAAAUCAAAUUGAAAGUGCCGUUCCACUGGAGAGGCGCAUUGAACUUAAUGCUACUGAUGGAGAAGGAUUGCAAGAGGUGAAUUUAACAGAUGAACCAGAACAGGAAGCUGCAGUUCUUCAAGCCAACUCAUCUCCUAGCGACAGCAAAGCCCCACAGCCCAGCCCAGAGGACCCCACUGCAAAACAGAUUAUGCAGCUUCUGAGAGAGAUCCAAAACCCUCAGGAAAGGCUGGGCUCCCUGUUGGAAAACCCAUGUAUUCCCUUCUUCUAUCGUGCUGAUGAGAACGAUGAGGUCAAAAUCAUGGUGGUUUAAAUGGCACCAGAAACCUGACUUGCAACAAUUUUCUGUGAGCCUGUAAGGACCCAAGCUGCAUAGUACUUGCCCUGUUAUCUCUAACCAGUGCUACUGGUCAGGGUAGAUGUUCUCUUUAAAGACAUGGGGAAAGAGGGAUUGCAUCAGGUGGAGCUCUAGCACCAGACUUCAUCUUCUUUCCCUUUCCUCCUGUUACUUGGUGCACUCUUGAGUACAGACUUUGACUUGAACUAAUCAUGAGGCAGUCACUACCACCACCACAGGUGGGUCAUAUGAAAGUGGGGGGACUUCAUGAUCUCUAACAGAGGAACUUGAUCACUUGCUUCCUGCAGCCCCAUCGCCAGAAAGAAACCUCUACUGUUGGUGGCCAACGUCUUAGCAGAUUGGCUAGUGACACUAUUUUACCAGUUAAGAUUGCAACCUGUCCAUCUUCUUCUAAAAAGUUUCCAAAAUAAUUCCCUCUUUCUGGUAAGAAACUCUUUAGAUUCAGAAUAAUUAUUUCUAUAUUUCAUACCACAGAUCUUAAACCUCCCAUUUUUCUCUCUAAGCUGCAUCCUACCCUAUAUUUGAAACCAGCCUUGUCAGUCAUACAGCCAAAAGAUACAGGCUCCCUGCCUAGGCGGCAUUACAUUUAAAGAAAAUUGUUCUGAUUACAUAGAAAUGGCCUGGCAUUGCUUUGAGUCCUCUAGGGAUGGUUGCUCAGUUAUUUGCUAUGAACAAGUAACUUGUGGAUGAUUGGAGGUGGGGUAGGAAUGGAAUUGCACUUUGAAGGAUGAUGUUUCACUGUACAUGUUGAAAGGUUUUAUUUAUUUAAAAAAUGGGAGAAAUAAGUAAAUGGAAACCACUUAAUAUAUGUGCUUUGUUUUGAAUUUCUGGACCCUGGGGAUUUCCCCUUCUCUUGGAUCUCCUUUUCUCCUUGUGUUGGCAAGGCUUACACUACCCGAGUGCAUUAGAGGUACUCUAGGCUGACAUUUAAAGUCUGUUUCUCUGCUCCCCACCCUUAAGAUCUUGGGGUACACGCAGGAGAAAGGACUGUCACCUGGAAGUGCACUGUGAUAAAUACUUUGAGGCUGAAAAACAUUGCGUUAAUGAAUGCAGGGCCCAAACACUGAGUUACUGUCUCCAUCUGCUGGCAAAAAGGAAUUAUACCAGAACAUCUAGUGUUUGACAAGUACAUACGGGUUUAAAUCUAAUACUUGCUGCUUCCUCUCUGUGAAGUUAGCAAGCCCAACAGUGAGUAGCUAGGAAUCGCCCAAGGUACACGUGGUUUUUUAGAGACCUAACUUACUUGAGUGAUGCAGUACACAUCCCACGUUGGUGACCUAGAAGCAUGUACCUGCUCCACUUCUAGUAAUAUUCUGUCAGGAAGUGAAAAGCAGCAGCAAACAAGGCUCUGAGGCGUGUAGGUUCUCUUUGCUUACUAUUCUGCAGAUCACUUCUAUAAUCAAUUCGCUACUUGUAGUCAACUCUCUUUCUUUUUUUGUAAAUCUGGUACAGGGCAUUGUCAUUCCAAAGCCAAAAGCACAUCGCAUUAGAAUAUUUUUAAUGCAUUUUAACUUUUAUCAUUUUACAGUAGGGAGAGGGGUUUUGUGAAAUAAAAAUCAAAGCACUCCUUUGAACUUGGAGUAACUGAACAUUAACCCAUCAGGGCAGGAUGGCAAUGUUUUUUUUUAAGUCCUUUCAUUUGAAUAGCCCUAGUGUUGACUGUCAGUGUUAUUGGCACAGUACAUGGUUAGAGGCUUCAUGCAGGGCACUAGCAGGGUGGGCCUGCGAGCUCCCAUUUGCACGAGUUUGUGUACAUAGUAUAUCUGUGUAACAUUUUGUAUAUUCCUUGAAGAAAGCGGAUAGCUCCUUGCAGCGUUUUUGCCUGUCGAGGUUGCCCAUAACCUGUAUUAUAAAAAUGAUCUAACUGCAAUGGGGCAGGGCUCUGAUUUAAUAUGGAGCAUUAUUAUAAAUGGAGUAAAUAUUUAUUGGGUGUUCUAUUCCAGGAAUGUGAAGGAAAACACUAUUGGAAAACAUUUUGCAUUCUGUUGCAGAGGUGACUUUAAUCCUGUUACAAAUUUUCUUUCUUUCUGAAUAAACUUAUUCAGCCAAGCA